ACUGAUUGACAACCACAGGUUUUUUCCACAAAUGCCAAUCUUUGCAAUGUUUCUAAGAAAUGAUGUGAGACUGUGUGUGUGUGUGUGUGUCAGGUUCAGAGUGUGUUUUCUAUAACAUCAACGUCAUUUUCCCAAAUUCAGUAAAAUAUAGAAUCUAGUCAGUCUUCGCACAGAGAAAACGGUACAGUGAAGAUUGCCGCCAUGUAUGGAAACAGCUGCUUCCCCUUUAUAGUUUACUGUAAGUAAUAUUUAUUUUAAUGGGCCCCCGAUUUGUAUACAAUAUUGUCAUAUUGGUGGGGGGGGCAUAUUAAGUUUUGUUUCUGAAAAUUAGAUCUUUUUCUUCUUUCUCUGCAUAAUGUUGCAGUUCCGAGGUGACAUGCUAUAAGAAUAGAUGCAAAUGAUUUCUUAGGAACAAUAUAACUCCCAGGCAUAUUUAAAUAUUACCAGAACGGCACAACUUUUUCCUUAUUUUCAGCAACUUCUCCUACUUUUGAAGUGAUGGGGAGCAACUUUCUGACAGUGGGUGCUGAACGUUGCCAAUGCAUAUGCUCUUUUUUUUAAUGGGGAUCUGAAAAGGUUUCUCAUCGCUUGCAGAAAUGUGUUUCCCGGUGUGGUGAAUUUCUUAUAUUAUUCAAUUUCAGUUUUCUCAGCUGGAAACGAAGGAUUUGACUUGAAGUACAAAAAAAAGAAUACGGUUUCAGUGGUUUGCUACGAUACUCUUUGAUCUUUUCCUUUUGGGACAUCUGUUUUUCUCUUACAGCUCAUUAGGGAAGAGAAAUACUGUUACAUAUAUCUUGCUAAUAUCUACUCCUUUCCAACAAGUCUCUUGAGGAUGAAGUCAACUGGUUUUAGUAGCAGGAGUCCUGCUGUGGUCUUGGCUAAGUUUUCAUAUAUGAAUAUCUUAUCAGUGGUGGAUACCUGAACAUAUUCCAAUUCAACGUUGUGAUCACAAUGCACGGCAAGAUGUAAAAGAACUUCACAUACAAUGCUGCGGGGUCUACAAGAAGGACAUUGAGAUAGAAACUCUGUAAUGGAAAUACAACAGGUUGAACAGCCAAAGAAUGAAAGUUCCUGUCAUUAUAGAUUCUACAGUAGAUGAUAGCGAUGAGGAGGAGAAGGUGUUCCCCAAGCCUGUUAUUGAAGACAGAAACAUUGAAUUUGCAAAGAAAUGCACAGAGUUGAUAAGUGAUGUCACCUAUAAAGAACAGUACGAAAAAUCUAAGGGCAAGUGUGCCUUUGUUCCGGACACACUUACGCUGAAAAAUGUUUCAGAUUCGAUUUCUGAGACCAAAUACAAGGAAGCUGGAAAAAAGGGGCUUUCCAAUUCUUUGUACAAGAUGAUGCCCGCCACCAUAGACACUGCGUUUGCUAAAGAAGUUUCAAAGCUACAGAGCGAGGUACUCUACAGACAAAAAUAUGAUGCAGAAAAGGGAAAAUCAAAUUACGCCCAGAUGCAAGAGCCUCCAGAUGUGAAGCAUGCCAAGGAAGUUAACAAACACCAGAGUAAUGUAUCGUAUAAGAAAGAUGUUCUGGACAUUCAUAAAUACACGGAGGUGUCAGACAGACUGGACAUACAAAAGGCAACAGAAGCAGCUAAAUUCAUUAGCAAUAUUGAAUAUAAGAAAGGCAGAGAAAAUAUGAACAAAGAGCCAGUUGUUUUAGGAAGACCAGAUUUUGAACAUGCCAAAGAAGUCUCUAAGCUUUCUAGCCAGGUAAAGUACAAAGAAAAAUUUGACAAGGAAAUGAAGGGUAAAAAGCCAUGUUACAACCCCCUUGACAGUGCAUCCUUCAAACAAGCCCAAGCUGCAAAUGCACUUGCAAGUAAUGUGAAAUACAGGCAACACCUGCAAGAUAUUCAUGACCCCUCAGUAGACAUGCCCAACCUGCUCUACCUGCAGCAUGCACUAAAGACUAGCAAAAUGCAAAGCAAUAACAUGUACAAGAAGAAAUUUGAGGAACAGAAGGGAAUCUAUCAUUUUGCGUUGGAUACAGCAGAGCAGAUUCAUCACAAAGAGAAUGCUGUGCUGCAAAGCCAGGUUAAAUACAAGGAGGAAUAUGAGAAGUCUAAGGGAAGGUCAUUGCUUGAAUUUGUUGAUACUCCAUCAUAUCAAGUUUCAAAGGAGGCUCAGAAGAUACAGAGUGAGAAAGAAUAUAGAAAAGAUCUGGAAGAAGGGAUAAAAGGAAAAGGUCUUACAGUCUUAGAAGACACCCCCGAUUUAAUAAGGGUGAAGAAUGCUGCUCAGAUAUUGAAUGAGAAAGAGUACCGCAAGGACCUUGAGAAUGAUAUUAAAGGAAAAGGCAUGGAAUUUAGUGCCGACAUCCCAGAUAUGAUCAGGGCAAAAAGGGCAUCAGAAAUAGCCAGCCAGAAAGAAUACACAAAGGAUUAUGAAACCGAAAUUAAGGGAAAAGGGAUGAUAAUAGGGACUGAUAUACCCGAGAUACAACGAGUCAAGAGGGUAACUGAAAUGGUGAGCCAGAAAGGAUACAAAAAAGACUUGGAAUCAGAAAUUAAGGGAAAGGGAAUGCAAAUAGGGGCUGACAUGCCUGAAAUACAGCGGGUCAAGAGGGUAUCGGAAAUCGUAAGCCAGAAAGAAUAUACAAAAGAUUUGGAAAGAGAAAUUAGGGGGAAAGGGAUGCAAGUAGGGACUGAUAUACCUGAGAUACAGCGAGUCAAGAGGGUCUCUGAAAUGGUGAGCCAGAAGGAAUAUAAGAAAGACUUAGAAACUGAGAUCAAAGGGAAAGGAAUGCAGGUUGGUCCAGAUAUUCCAGACCUGCAGAGAGCUAUGAAAGCCUCUGAGAUUGCGAGUCAGAAAAAAUACAAAGAUGAAGCUGAAAAACUGCUUUCAACAUAUUCUAUCAUAGCAGAUACUCCAGAGAUUGCGAGGGUGAAGGCCACUCAGAAAAACAUAAGUUCUGUUUUGUAUAAGAAAGGUGUGGGAGCUGGUACGGCAGUCAAAGAUACACCAGAGACAGAACGAGUAAAGAUAUCGCAACAAAAUAUCAGUGCUGUAAAAUAUAAAGAUGACAUUGGACCUGCAACGACCAUUUCCGAUCUCCCAGAAGUAAAAAGAGUUAAGGAAAUCCAGAAAAACAUUAGCAACGUACAAUACAAAGAGCAGCAGCUCAAAGCCACCCCUGUGAGCGUCACUCCAGAAAUGGAAAGAGUCAAAAAGAACCAGGAGCAUUUCAGCACGGUUCACUACAAAAAGAAAGUUGGGAAAGCCACUGCUGUGAGCUACACUCCGGAAAUGGAAAGAGUGAAAAAGAACCAGGAGAAUAUCAGUUCGGUUAAGUACAGCAAUGACUUGAAACAACUGAAAGGUAGACCUAGCGUAAUUUUAGACACUCCAGAAAUGAGGCAUGUGAAAGAAACACAAAACCACAUAUCAAUGAUCAAGUAUCAUGAAGAUUUUGAGAAGACAAAAGGUAAAGGGUUUACCCCAGUUGUGGAUGAUCCCAUAACAGACCGUGUAAGAAGGAAUACGCAGAUUGUCAGUGACGCAGCCUAUAGGAAUGUACACCCACAUGUAGUAGAGAUGGACAGAAGACCUGGGAUGGUUGUAGACUUAAAAGUUUGGCGCACAGAUCCAGGCUCCAUCUUUGACAUUGAUCCACUAGAAGACAAUAUCCAGUCUAGGAGCCUGCGUAUGCUCACUGAGAGAGCGAGUCAAUAUAACAGGCACUACUGUCACUCUGCCGGUGCUGUUGGAAUAAGUCAGGGUGAUGACAGGUCAGAGGUAUCCGAGAUGAACCCUAGUUUCUCUUAUUACAGUGAGGGAACAAGGGCAUCUGAUGAAGGAGGCCAAGGGAUGCCCGGUGCAUAUCCGCAACAUCACCCAGGCUAUGGUUAUAUGCACCCAAGCAGUGCUGCUUCUUCAGUGAGGUCGGCACAGCCCCAACAUGCUCCGCCGCUUUCACCAAGCAUGAGAACAUAUAGAGCCAUGUAUGACUACUGCGCCCAAGACGAAGAUGAAGUGUCCUUCAGAGAAGGCGACUAUAUUGUCAAUGUCCAGCCAAUAGAUGAAGGCUGGAUGUAUGGCACAGUGCAAAGAAGUGGGAAAAAUGGAAUGCUUCCAGCAAAUUACAUUGAGCUGGUUAACUGAUAUUUAAUUUUGGUUUAAAUUUCUUUUGAGAGAAUCGUACCGUUCAUUCAUUGUUUAUUGACAAAUAUUUUGAAACUUACAACAUUAAUUUCAGAUGACACGCUUACUUUUUGGAAGCACUAGCAUCAAAGUUUUGUGACAACAGUCUGCUCUGUAAGAAAAA